AGUAAAUAAUUUGGACUAAUUCAAAUAAAUAAUUAGUGUAAAGGGAAAAUGAUUAUAGUAAUCAAGUGGCUGCUAUUAUGCGCGGCGCUGGGGGGGGCGGAGGUGGUGACGCCUCAGCUGUCCAGGGAGGAUAUCAAAUUUCUUCUCACCGAUAAGCUGCCUGAAAACCCGAUUUUCAUCACCAUCACCGUAAAUUCAAGACGGAAAAUCAGAAGUGUUACUGAAGACCAACAAAAUACUGAAACAAAGAACCCUGCCUUCCAAAAACAAAGUUCUGAACACCAGGCUUCAGAAAAAGAAGAACCUGUACAUCAUAACUCGUCCCAUGAAUUCGGAAAGGGUUAUAAGUCGACCCAUGAUUUAGACCAGGGUCAGAACUUAACCCAUGACGUAGACCAGGGUCAGAACUCAACCCAUGACGUAGACUCUGGGCUGUUCCUCUCUAUAAAUUCCAGCGAAAGCAAUAAAACCAAAAACGAACCCCGGAACAGCUCAGUGUCGUUUGAUGAAGACGAUCCGGAAGGGUUCGAUGGAAAAGAUCCGGAAUGGUUCGACCCUAACGGGCUAAGGUUCCACAACCCCAUCGAAUCCCACAGACCUGGAAAGGAACAUGUAGGGGAAAUGGAGGAGAUGGAAGGGGAUUCUAGACCAGAUCGGAGAACACCAAUAAAAGUGAGAACCCAGAACUCCCCUGAUAAAGCGGGGAAAGGAAAAUUAGGUGAUUCCACGUCUACCGCUUUUCAAGGUGGGAACCUCAACCCUCUGAAUGCCAGUGCAGCUGCAUUACCGGUUCAAGGCAAGCCCGUGAACCCAAGAAAAGCCUCAUCGAAAUCGUCUGAACGCAAAAACAGUUUCCAAUUACAGAUCGAUGCCGUAAAGUGGUAUAACGGUCUCGGAAAUAUCGAAACCAUCGAUAAGGCCAACGAAAAGAACCUGAAGAAACUGAUGGAUGACUUCAUUCAGAAACCGGAACCGAAAGCCAAACAAGCCGCCUUGCAUGAAGACCGAAACAAUCUGAGAAAUUUGGGUUCAGAAACCAACGACAGUGACACCAAUUCAUCCAUUCCCCUUUCACUAAACCCAUGGGAUUCUGAAGAACUCAACAUUACCAUCAAUGAUGGAAUCAACUCUUUUGACGUUCUGCUUCGCUCGCACGUAGAACUCUUCUCGAAAAAAUUCAAAGUGGUGAUAAGGGAUAGCGUUUCCGAUGGAAACAGCACCGAUGUCCCCAAAACUGGGGGAAAUAUCACUCAACCGAAAGGAGAUGCCGGGGAAGUAGUAGAAGUUCUGGAGGACAGCGGCAGGAAGUCGUGCGUUUACGUCGGACAAAGUGGAAAAGUUCAAGUGGCACUUUCCAAUUGCGAUGGAGACGGUUUCAUGGGGAUGAUCAUGAGGGGAGGCGUGUCUCAGCUGGUCCGCCCCGUGACGGCGGCGGCGGCGGCGGCGGUGCGGCGGGAGCGGCGGGACGAGGCGGCGGUGACGGCGGAGGGCCUCCACGUCCUGCACGCCACCACUGGGAAAAAUAAAUGCGGCAUUGCCAAUCUACAGGCCAUGCGAGGUUUCCAUCCUAUGGUUUCUAUUGAAAGGAAAAAACGUCACGCAUACCAAAACGAAACUCAAGAUUCAACAGUAAAAUCAACAGAGAAAUCAACAGAGAACGACAACAUCAACAGCUACGCAAAUGAGAUCGAUUUCAAUGCGCCUAGCGUUGUAGUUUUAUCGAACCCCGGCGACAACGCUGAUUGGUCAAAGAGCGUUACCAACCACAAGCGUCUCGACCAAUUGGAAGACUGGGAAUGGGAACACUACCAAGAAUUGGUGGAAUUACAGAAAAAACGGGCCCGGAUCUGGAAUAAUAAUAAAGGUUACAGUGGUAUAUCUGCCCACAAUAAAUGGAAGAAGAAUAUAAAUCAAAACUACGGCUCCACUUAUAAACACAUUUCUGAUUCUAGAUUCAGUUCAGAUUUCAAUUCCGGUUCUACUUCCGGUGCCCCUUCCGGUUCUAAUUCUGGCUCCACUUCCGGUUCUACUUCCGGUUCUACUUCCGGUUCUACUUCCGAUUCCACUUCCGGUUCCAUUUCCGGUUCCACUUCCGGUUCCACUUCCGGUUCCACUUCCGGUUUUACUUCCAGACGGAAGCGCCAGACGAAGGAAUACCAAAUCGAAACGGCGGUUUUCGUGGACGAUAAAAUGUACGAUUUUGUGGCGGCAGAGAACAGCGGUGGUGCGGUGAUCGACAAGGUGCAGGACAUCGUGUUCACCAUCAUGAAUGCGGUGAGUAUCCUGUACCGAUCACCCUCGAUGAAGACCUCCAUCACAAUCACCCUCGUGCGACUCGAUAUCCUGAAGAGCAGCGAUGCUGGACCAGCCAAAGCCAGCGGUGAAAUAGAGGG